AUAUUGGUAAAACGAUUUAUACAAAUAAACAUGUAAUAUUUACAUAUACUACCUUUUACACAAUUUUCGAAAAACAUAAACACGCAGAUGAAAUGGCCAGCAAUUUUCCCCCGAUGGCCAUCCGGAUUUGGAUGGAAAAGCUGAAGAAGGGCGUUGGCCAGCCAGUGGCUGUCCUAGAACGCUCCCUGCUUAACUUCAUGAGUGCCGAGGCAGCUAGUUUGUCCGUGACAAAUGCGAUGGAGCGAGGCAUCCUGCUGCCCAGAGUUGGCGGCGCAAGGUCCAAGAGGCUGACCCUCACCUUUUGCCAGAAAGUGAGCAGCCUUCCCAGUUGCACAGAAGAUCCCUACUGCUUCGAGUGUCAUUUGCCCGGAGUCUUGAAGAAAUGCGCAUCCUGUAAACGCUGCUUUCACGAGGAUUGCCAGCGCAAGGAUCCCGAGAAGCCCAACUACUCGGUGCCCUCGGACAAGAAUCAGCCCUACCGGUUUCCGACAGAGGUCAGCGAGUCGGACAAGGAGCCGGACAUCAGCACACAGACCUUGGAGGCUUCCCAAAUACCCACGCCAAAACCCCUGCUCGACCACAAUAGCAACAUCAACCAGAAACCAAUAGCCACUUCGGAAUUUCUCAAGCACGAGAGCCCCGAGUGGGAUGACGAUGUAUUCUUUGUGAGCGAGCAAAAGGGCACACGCCAGCGAAAGCAAGCCAGGGUCAAGGAUGAACUGCAGACUAGUUCGGAAAGCGACGGGGGCAGUGAUCUAGAGCGCUGCACACGUUGCCGUCUACUCGCCCUGGCCGCUCUCCUCAAUCCGCCGCAGUUGGAAAAACAGGAACUGGGUCGCCUUUUGAGUUAUUCUUGGGAAAAGCACUACUCCUGGAUCUCUAUGGACGUGUCCAAGUACAUGGCCAAGCACUGGAACGAACGCGACCAGGCGCUGGUUAGGCGCACCCUUUUUAGGACGAAGAUCUUGGGGCUGUCCGACAUCGAGCGAAAUAUCGAAACUGAGAAGUAUAAGUAUCUAGCGGAGUUUCUAAUGGACCUGCUCGAUCUGCAACACAACAUUGCAGUGUUCUUUGGGCCUAAGAGCGUCGAGUACAACGCUACUAAGUGGUUGUUGAGGGAUGUGACGCACGAUAUCCGGGAAAUCCGACGUUGUCCCGACUGCUAUAGGUACUCCAACGAGGCCAGUCUGUCUCAGCUCUGGUUUGCCAAGCCCUGCCUCCAGCGGCACGAAUUGGUAUUUGCCAAACAAACUGGGUCGCCACCCUGGCCCGCAAAGGUUAUGAGCGUUUCAAGAAGGCAGCCCAUCAAGUACGAUGUCCGCUUUUUCGGUGGCUCUCAUUCCCGGGCACUCAUCUCUGAACGUGAUAUAACUCCCAUAGAAUCUGACAUUCAAUCGCAUAUUAAGCCACGGAAUUCUCGAGCCCUCAGUGCCGCUUUGAGGGAACUGCAGUGUCACAUGAUCUUGUCACACUAUUCUGCCUCGCUGUUUGGGUUUCAUGCAGAUCCCACCGUUGCCGAGAAUCUCAUCCAGGUAGCCCUAUCUCAUUGCACGAAAACAACCGAAAAUGGUUCGACUGGCAAGAGAGGAAGACCGUCAACUCCGGCCACUCCCGGCACUGCAAAAAAAAGACGGCUUAAUUUAACCGCUUCAGAUACCCCCUCUCCGGUGCCCAUUCGUGGGAUUUCUGACUCCGUUACCUUUCAAAAUCUAACCGCCGAAAUACUUCAGGCGCACCUGCUGAGCUGCCAGAGCGAGCUGAACGCCAUGAAAAAGAAGCUGAAUGAAGUAAAAAGGAAGCAGUGGUGCUACCUGUGUCUGGAAGAGGCCGUCUUCACGUGCUGCUUUACUGCGUCCUAUUGCAGCGCAGAGUGCCAGCGCCGCGAUAGGAAACGCCACCAGGCCACUUGCAAAGUCAAUCUCUAAAACAAAACUAAAGAGGGAAGUUAUAAUAUAAUUUCGAGGUUUUUAGUGUAGUUUUGUAAAACUGGAUUAUUGGCAAUCCAAAGUGAUAUAUUCUCGUUUCCUACAAUCAUUUGUAUUAAAUGUAUCCGUUUUUAAGAUAUCGCAAGUAAUUCCAAGAAGAUAAAGAUUGUUAAACUAGUA